AUGCACUUCAUGGUUAUUCAAGGUCUGGCCUGCGUGGCCGUGCUGCCACCCCGCCGCGGCUCCUUCUACGUGGAGGCGGGCACCGGCGUGUCGGUGGGCUCCGUGCUGGCCUUCUGGUGCCGGGAGGGGUACCAGCUGGUGGGCAGCGACAAAAUCUACUGCGGCGUGAGGAACGGAAAACCCCAAUGGAGCAACUACCUGCCUGUCUGCGAAGCUAUUCCCCGGCCAGAGGACCGGGGCCUGCGCGUGGCUGUGCUGGCCUCGGUGGUGAGCGGGGUGGUCAUCCUGGCCAUGUCGCUGUCCUUCCUCAUCUGCUGUCUGCAAGAACGCAGUAGCCGAGAGCGAGCCAAGAGAGACGGCAGGCGCAGAGAGAAGCGCUCCGCCCGCCGAGGUGACUGCUGGCUGGAGCGGGAGGAGGGUGAGUGGGAUGCCUUUCCUCCACCAAAGAUCUUCCACCUGUCCCAGAGAAUGAACCCACGGCUGGCGCCCGACAGCCCCCUCUACCUGACCGGAGGUCUGACUGGAUACGAGAACCGCGGAUACCAGAGGAGUGAGGAGAGUUUGCUGAAGGCUCCCCUUCCUGGUUUGUACCGUUCAGAGUCUCAGCUUUACCCGCACGUCGUCUUGCAGAGGGUCCCCACGCCCUCCGCCCCAACUGCCCCGUCUGCCCCCUCCGCCCCGGUCUACCUCCACCUCCCCUCUGCCAGCUCCUCCCCCGCCAACACCAUCUCACAACCCCAGUCGCACAUCAUGCCCCCCUACCCAACCUCCGCCUACCCUCCCAAUCCGAACCAACCUGCCCCCACCUACCCAAACCCCACCCCGGCCCCCAUUUACCCUAACCCCAACCCCACCCCACAGCGGCCAUGGCAGUAA